AUGUUCGCGCAUCCAAACACAAGUCGAUUCACGAGACAACGAGCGACAUCGACUGCUCUCGGUUCAACGCCACCAUCGAAUCAGCGAACGUUGGCAAAGCUUCCUGUUACCAAGCCGUCAGCAUUGAGAGAGAACCGAAGGACUGAUCUACCUGGGAUUAGCCCCCAACCACACAUUCCAAAAGAAAUGAGGCGACCUCUUACAGCACCAGAGAGAGCAGCACCUAAAAGAGCGCCUUUGACAGCUGUUCGUACGCACCAAGUCAGAGGUGGCAAUAUCCAGGAACCAGCUUCACGACGAGCUACUGUGGUCUCAGACUUUGAAGUCCCUGAUGUCAUGGUGGAUAAAGAACGUAAUCGUACCUAUACAAAGAUGGGCUAUCUCGGCGAAGGAGGUUUUGCUAAAUGCUACAAAGUCAAAAGUUCCACCAACCGAUUAUACGCCGCCAAAGUCAUUUCAAAGUCGACACUCAUGGAACGAAGGAACAAGAUCAAGUUGUUUGCUGAAAUCAACAUCCACCGCACCAUGAACUACAAAGGCAUUGUUCGCUUCCACAGCUGCUUUGAGGAUGCUCAUAACGUCUAUUUGAUUGUUGAGCUAUGUGAUAAUAAGACCCUCUCAGAAUUGAUCAAACGACGCCAACGAUUGACAGAAGCUGAGACCCGUUACUUUCUCAUUCAAGUCCUUGGUGCUUGCCGAUACAUGCAUGACAAUCGUGUGAUCCAUCGUGAUAUCAAGCUCAGUAACGUGUUUUUGGACCGUAACAUGGAUGUCAAAAUUGGUGAUUUUGGAUUAUCGGCUCUUCUCGUGAAUGCCCAGGAUCGGAAAAAGACUGUUUGUGGUACUCCCAACUAUAUCGCACCUGAAAUCCUGUUUUCCAAGUCCGGGCAUGAUCACAAGGUGGACAUGUGGUCUAUUGGUGUUUUGAUGUUCACAUUGCUCGUUGGUAGACACCCUUUCCAACAAAAGGACGUCAAACAGAUCUACAAGAAAAUCAAACAGAAUUACAACGAGCCCUCCUAUGAAUUCCCAUCCAGCCUUAAUAUCUCGGAGGAUGCUAAGGAUCUUGUCAAGAAGCUCUUAGUAAACAAACCUGAUCAGCGACCUUCUGUACCUGAAGUGCUUAAGCACCCAUUUUUCGUGAAUGGAUCAUUACCACCUCGUAUUCCAAAGUUUGCACGUGAACGAUGUCCCACCAAUGACGAGUUAUUCCCAUCAUCAUUACCAGCAGCAUCCAGCAUGAAUUCACCUGGUCGCGCUGGUGAUACUUAUCGUGAAGCAAGCAAUGCGGAUAAGAGCUACGUCGAUAAUCGACCCAUUGCCCCACUUGUACUUAUGUCAGAAAACAUACCCGCCCCAAGAACACAGUUUCCUUUACCUGCCGCCACCACUACCACCACUACCGCCACCACACCUACUACCAGCAAACCCAAACCUGUUGUUACUUCAUCGACAUCACCCAAAGAGCCAAACAGCAGCAACAACUAUAUACCUCUUCUCCCAAAGUCAACAGAAAAGAGAUCACCGGAUAAAAAGCAUGAGAAAUCACCGCUGGCUGGUGAUGAUAAUACAUCAACAUCAUCUUCUAGAAAACGGACACCACCUGUAGAUAACCAACCACGAAAGCGAAGAGAUGUGAUACCACCCACCGCCAGCGACCAAGAGAAUGUACCUCCUCCACCACAACCACAACCUGCUGCAACAUCAUCUGCACCAAAGCAUGACACCACCACAACCACAACCACCACCACCAAUGUAUAUCCAUCAUCUCAGUAUAAGCAUAUACGAUUCACCCAAGGAGUCUCAAUCUUGGAAACGAUGCAUCGGGUUUUACGAGAAGUAUUGGUCGACAGCAACAAUCGAUCAGAGUAUGAUGGUCUUCCUAUGGAGCAUGUGAAUUGGACAUCAGCACAUGUAUUUCUGGACAAGUGGGUCGACUUUUCUUGCAAGUAUGGACUUGGCUACAGCUUGACGGAUGGCACUCGCGGUGCUUAUUUCAAUGAUUCGACAUCGAUGACUACCAAAGAUGAUGAACACUACCACUACGUGGUGCAUCAAAAUCCUGGAGCAAGACAAGUCCAUCAUGUUGACAAUAUUCCACCAGAGUUGAAAAAGAAGGUCUUCAUCAUGCACAAUUUCAAGAAAUACAUGGAACAACGACUAGCACGAAUGGCCACCAACAUGCCCAACGUGGUAGGAGGUCCUGGCAACUUUUAUCUCACAAAAUACAUUGCAACCGAGAAUGCACUGGUUUUUCGACUAAGCAAUGACGUUGUCCAGUUCAACUUUUUCAAUCAUUCCAAGCUCAUCCUCACCGAAUUCGGUACCAAAGUCAUCUAUAUAUCCGCAUCAAGACAACUGGAUAUGUAUCGCAUUGAAGAUGCUGCUGUGUCAAAGAAUGGAGAGCUUAGAGAAAUGUUGGAUUAUGCAAGGAACAUGCUUGAUCAACAAAUCGCAUCACGACGACGACCAUCCCAAAAGAAUAAUUAG